AUGAGUGACCACCCCCCCCCCCCUGCCCCCCCCAGCCCCCUUAAGAUCAAGGUGCUACCGGCCCACGACGCCAAGGUGCGAGCCAGCGGUCCGGGUCUGAACGCGUCCGGCGUCCCCGCCAGUCUGCCCGUUGAGUUCACCAUCGACGCCAGAGACGCCGGAGAGGGACUCCUCACGGUCCAGAUCCUGGACCCGGAGGGGAAACCCAAGAAGGCGUCCAUCCGGGACAACCGGGACGGGACGUACACGGUGUCCUACGUCCCCGACACGGCCGGACGCUACACCAUCACCAUCAGAUACGGGGGGGACGAGAUCCCGUCCUCGCCGUACCGCGUCCUGGCGCUGCCCACCGGGGACGCCAGCAAGUGUCUGGUCACAGUGUCGAUCGGGGGACACGGACCAGGGUCAGGUAUCGGGUCGACCAUCCAGAUCGGCGAGGAGACCGUCAUCACCGUGGACGCAAAGGCUGCUGGGAAAGGGAAGGUGACGUGCACGGUGUCCACGCCGGACGGCGGCGAGCUGGACGUGGACGUGGUGGAGAACGCCGACGGGACCUUCGACAUCUACUACACGGCGCCGCAGCCCGGCAACUACGUCAUCACCAUCCGCUUCGGGGGGGAGCACAUCCCCAACAGCCCCUUCACCGUGGUGGCGGGGGACACCGGCCCUUUAAGAGAGGAGCCCAGUGACACGCUCAGAUUAGAACUGACUGCCCCCCCACGAGCGAUAUCCCGAGGUCAGUGGGCGUGUCUAACUGUGUCUCCGGUCAGGCCACAGACGCCGGUGAGCGGGGACGGGGACUCGGUGCUGCGACCCUUCAGCCUGGUGAUCCCCUUCAGGGUCCAGACCGGGACCAUCUCAGGUGAAGUGCGGAUGCCGUCCGCGACCGCCGGCCCCCGCAUCACGGACAACCAGGACGGGACGGUCACGGUGGAGUUCUCCCCCAGCGAGAGGGGGCUGCACCAGAUGGACAUCACUGAUGGUACCCCCAUCCCAGGAAGUCCGCUCCAGUUCUACGUGGACGCGGUUGACAGCGGUCAUGUGACGGCGUUCGGCGCCGGGCUGACUCACGGCACCGAGCACCGAGCGGCCGCCUUCACCAUAGUCACCAAGGACGCCGGAGAAGGCGGGCUGUCUCUGGCCGUGGAAGGCCCGUCUAAAGCCGAGAUCAGCUGCAAGGACAACAAGGACGGGACGUGCACCGUGUCCUACCUGCCCACCGUCCCCGGAGACUACAACAUCAUCGUCAAGUUCGAUGACAAGCACAUCCCCGGCAGCCCCUUCACCGCCAAGAUCACCGGUGAUGAGUCUAUGAGGACGUCUCAGCUGAACGUUGGAACGGCGACAGACGUUUCCCUAAAGAUCACGGAGACGGACCUGAGCAGCCUGACGGCGAGCAUCAGAGCGCCGUCAGGACACGAGGAGCCGUGCGUGCUGAAGAGGCUCCCCAACAGACACAUUGGGAUCUCGUUCACGCCGAAGGAAGUGGGCGAGCACGUGGUGAGCGUGGAGAAGGGCGGGAAACACGUGACCAACAGCCCCUUUAAGAUCAUGGUCGGCCAAUCAGAGAUCGGCGACGCCAGCAAGGUGAAGGUCUACGGCCAGGGAUUGGUCGAGGGACACACCUACGAGGUGGCCGAGUUCAUCGUCGACACCCGGAGCGCAGGGUACGGGGGUCUGGGUCUGUCCAUCGAGGGUCCCAGUAAGGUGGACAUCAACUGUGAGGACGUGGAGGACGGAACCUGCAAAGUCACCUUCUGUCCCUCGGAACCCGGGAACUACAUCAUCACCAUCAAGUUCUCAGACCAGCACGUCCCAGGGAGCCCGUUCUCGGUGCAGGUGUUGGGCGGCGGGCGGCUGAAGGAGAGCAUCACGCGGAGACGCCAGGCGCCCUCCGUGGCCGCCGUGGGCAGCACCUGCGACCUCCACCUCAAGAUCCCAGGGACCUGGUUCCACAUGGUGUCGGCGCAGGAGCGGCUGACGCGCACGUUCACGCGCAGCAGCACGUACACGCGCACGGAGCGCACGGAGAUCAGCAAGACGCGCGCCGGGGAGACCACGCGGGAGGUCCGCGUGGAGGAGAGCACGCGGGUCGGAGACCCCUUCAGGGACGUGUUCGGGGACUACCUGGGCCGGGACGGGCGCGGCGGCUUCAGCGCCCGGCAACCGCCGCCGCUGCAGGACGGUGAGACCGGCAGUGCAGAGAUGACGGCCCAGGUGACGAGUCCCGGGGGACAGACGGCGGACGCCGAGAUCCUGCGCGGCGAGGACAGCGCCUACAGCGUGCGCUUCGUCCCGCAGGAGACGGGCGUCCACACGGUGAACGUGCGCUACCGCGGCCAGCACGUCCCCGGGAGCCCCUUCCUGUUCACCGUGGGGCCCCUGGGGGAGGGGGGGGCACACAAGGUCCGGGCUGGGGGGACCGGGCUGGACCGGGGCGUCGCCGGGAUCCCAGCUGAGUUCAGUAUCUGGACCAGAGAGGCCGGAGCGGGGGGGCUGUCCAUCGCCGUGGAGGGACCGAGCAAAGCCGAGAUCACCUUUGAGGACCGGAAGGACGGAUCCUGUGGCGUCGCCUACGUGGUCCAGGAGCCCGGGGACUACGAGGUUUCCAUCAAGUUCAACGACGAACACGUCCCGGACUCUCCGUUCAUCGUCCCCGUCGCCGCGCUGUCCGACGACGCUCGCCGUCUCACCGUCUCCAGCCUGCAGGAGAUGGGGCUCAAGGUGGGGCAGGAGGCGUCCUUCGCGGUCCAGCUGAACGGGGCCAGAGGUCUGAUCGACGCUAAGAUCCAGACGCCGUCCGGGGCCACCGAGGACUGUUACAUCACCGAGCUGGACAACGACCAGCACGCCAUCCGGUUCGUCCCGAGGGAGAACGGCGUCCACUCCAUCGACGUCCGUUUCAACGGCAGCCACGUCCCCGGCAGCCCCUUCAGGAUCCGGGUGGGGGACCCGGGUCAGGCCGGAGACCCGGGCCUGGUGUCCGCCUUCGGACCGGGACUGGAGGGAGGAACCACAGGUGUGGCGUCCCACUUCGUGGUGAACACGUGUGAGGCCGGCGCCGGCGCUCUGUCCGUCUCCAUCGACGGGCCGUCCAAGGUGAAGAUGGACUGCCAGGACCGCCCCGAGGGCUACGCGGUCUCCUACACCCCCAUGGCCCCCGGCAGCUACCUGAUCUCCAUCAAGUACGGCGGCCCCCACCACAUCGUGGGGAGCCCCUUCAAGGCCAAGGUGGCAGGACCGCGUCUGUCCACCGGAUCCAGUCUGCACGAGACAUCGUCUGUCGUCGUGGAGACCGUCUCCAAGGCAACGGCGAUGGGGGGGGCCUUUGCCUCGUUGCCCCGGUUCUCGUCUGACGCCAGCACCGUGGUCUCCAGAGGAGCCGGUCUGUCCCGGGCCUUUGUGGGUCAGAAGAACUCCUUCAACGUGGACUGCAGCAAAGCAGGCACCAACAUGCUGAUGGUGGGCGUCCACGGGCCGAAGACGCCCUGCGAGGAGGUGUACGUCAAACACCUGGGCAACAGGAUGUACAACGUGACGUACACGGUGAAGGAGCAGGGCAGCUACAUCCUCAUCGUCAAGUGGGGGGACGAGAACGUCCCCGGCAGUCCCUUCCACGUCACCGUCCCCUAAGACUCCACCCUCCUUCUUCUUCUCCGUCUCUAACAGCUGUGUUGAAAACUGUCCCCUAUCGCAGAUACAGGUCCCUUUAUAAUUUGUCCAAUUGUCCGCGGCGGAUUUCCUCCCCUACGUAGUCCUCUGUAAAAUACCCACAAUGCACAGCAAUCUGAGUGUACGUUUUACUCCCGUAUCCCACAAUGCAGUGUGGUCGUGUCUUCCCGGAGGAGAAGACCUGUGGAAGGGACAGAUGGAGCGAGCUUUAGUUUGUAAACAGUGGACAUGUUACAUAUAUGAUAUAGAUGCUUUAAUGUCCCGGCGUGUUGUUUCCAUGACUACCCCGUCACACACACCACCGGCGCCCCUAGCAACGCCACGGUGUCUUCAUCGCUCUGACAUCUGCUUCAAUAUUUAAUAUUCAUAACCGCCAGACCGUCCUCCACAGCUCUGCACAGGAAGGUCUGGAUGGUCCACACGGCAUUCUGGGAUGGGACAUGAAUAUAUUCAUUAUAUAUAUAUAUAUAUAUAUAUAUAUAUAUAUAUAUAUAUAUACACUCACCGGCCACUUUAUUAGGUACCCCAUGCUAGUAACGGGUUGGACCCCCUUUUGCCUUCAGAACUGC